AUUUCCAAAUAGAUUUUUUUUUAUUGUACGACGAAAAAUCAGUGAGUGAACUCGUGAGUUGGAAAAAGGUGAUUUUAGCCUAUUUUCGGGUGUUACAGGAUUCAGUGAGACAAAGGAGUGCAUCGGGCAAAUGAUGGUGAUGCUGAAAGUGUAGGAAAAUUAGUGAAAAAUCAUGGGAAUAUGUGUUUAAUUGAGACAUCUUCGCUUACUACAACUAACACUGGAUUCAAUAUCAGAAGUGUAUUGACCCUGUGGACAUUUUGGUGUUUAAGAAAUUUUUAAAAAAAAGUAAUUGUAGACGAUGGGAAAGUUUUCUGGGAAAAAAUGUCGUCUUUUGACGAUGAUGUGGCUUACGGCAUUUUUCUUCUUUGUGGAAAUUGUCGUGGGCUACGUGACGAAUUCAAUGGCUCUGGUAGCCGAUAGUUUUCACAUGUUGGGUGAUAUUGCGGCUCUUGUAAUAUCAUUUUUGUCGAUAAAGAUGUCACCAAAGAAAUGGUCUAAAAAUACAUUUGGAUGGGCCAGAGCUGAGGUACUCGGCGCUCUUGUUAAUGCUGUCUUCCUCGUGGCACUUUGCUUCAGUAUCACCAUUGAGGCAUGCAAAAGGUUCAUUGAGGAAGAACGAAUUCACGAACCAAAACUCUUGGUGAUUGUUGGAUGUGUUGGACUCCUAGUCAAUGUUGUAGGCUUAUUUUUACUCUAUGAACACGGAGGCCACGGACAUUCUCACUCCUUAUCACGAUCUCGAAAUAAAUUGACACGCUUAACAAAUACGGAUGAUAACGAGAACAAUUCAUUCGUGUAUCAGCAGAAUCCAUCGGCGCAACAAUUGAAGAAGAACUCGGGACAUAGUCACGAUUCCUCGCAAAUGAACAUGCGAGGGGCCUUUCUGCAUGUCCUCAGUGAUGCUCUUGGAAGUGUCAUUGUCGUAAUUAGUGCACUGGUUGUCUGGUUGACUGAGUGGAAGUACAAGUACUACAUGGAUCCUGCCCUUUCAAUUGUCCUUGUGAUUCUCAUUCUGCACUCCGUGUGGCCUCUGUUGCGGGAAUCUGCAUUGAUUCUGCUGCAGACGGUACCCACGCAUAUCCAGGUGGAUGCCAUACAGAAGCGUCUCCUGGAGAAGGUGGAUGGAGUUUUGGCUGUACAUGAGUUUCAUGUGUGGCAAUUGGCUGGAGAUCGCAUCAUUGCGUCAGCCCAUAUUAGAUGCAGGAAUUUGUCAGAGUACAUGAAGAUUGCCGAAAAGGUGAAAGAGUUCUUCCACAAUGAGGGAAUCCAUUCCACAACAAUUCAGCCGGAAUUUGUGGAAAUUGAGGCGCUGAACAGUUUGGCGGCCUCAGAUGGUAUCUCUAGUGAUCUCAAUGGGAGUGGAUCGCAGGAUUGCUGCGCCCUGGACUGCCCAACAACUGAUGAGGGAUGCGUGAGAGCGACUUGCUGCCAAAAUAACAAUAAAACACAAUUGCCAUCACCAUCUCCAUCGCCGUUCCUGUGUCGCCAGCGCAGUUCAAAUGCACGGAAUGAUGUCGAGACGGGUUCACUGCUGGACUUUCCUGUGAAUAAUCUCACACCAGGCCCAACACGCAGCACCCUGACGCCGGAAAAGAGCCCUAAGACGUCCGUUUGACGAACAACAACGUCUCAGCAGCAUUUUCAGGCAACAACCCUCGAUAGUAAAGUUAGAACAUUUUCACCAUGUGGCUGUGAUGGUCGAUGUGUAAUUAGUAGAAAUAUUAUCAUGGGUAAUUUUCAUUCUCCAAAUACACCCAACUAUUGAGAUAUAUCCACACACACACAUACACACACACACACGCAAACAAACACUAGAAAAUCCAAUUUUAUCUAUACUGCCAGUGUAGAAUUGUGUGAAUAUGUUACAACAACAAAAAACAAAUUACAAGUUUAAAAAAAAACUAUAUAUUUAGUAGAAUUACCUUUGAUAAAAACAAUUCUAUAGAUUGAAAGAAGCAAAAAAAAGAUUAGAAAUAAUGACUUAAAAUCUUGAUGUGUGUGUUAGCACAGAGUUUUUUUGUGCGGCAAAAUUUGACUAUAAAAAUUUUAGGAGAAUAAAAAAAAAAGAAUAAUUAAAAAUAAUUACAAGAAAA